AUUUUUACACAUAAGAUGGUUUGUCCGUCUUCGCCCUUUUGUUGCCAGCCAUGGCAGUUCCCAAGCUGAUUUAUUCCCAGCUCCGCCGCAGUCGUACUUUCUCCGGCUUCCUCUCUCUCUCACCGGCGCGCGUCUCUCCCCUCCUUCCCUGCGGCGACGCCGGUCGCUACUCCACCCCUUCUCAACCUCCAAUCCCUCCCUACCGUCCCCCUCGCGCAUUUCCGGCUCCGAAUUCACACUCCGUUUGUCGACAUCUUCAUCACCGGAAUUUCUCCACUCGACCAGACGAGAGCUCCCAGUUUACAGACGAUCAUAUAACAGCAUCAACUUCGGAGCCCGAGCUUGCUGAUUUCGGACUGGAUGAUGCAAAAGGAGUAGUGCUUACUGAUGUUGUCAGUAGCGGAGAAGAGUCGAUUCUCCCCGUCCGAGCGCUGAUUUCACUGCUGGAUGGGUACCACGACGUCACUGGCUUGCCCUGGUGGAUCGUUAUUGCAUCGGCCACUCUGGUUAUGAGACUCGCGCUAUUCCCAUUACUCGUGCUGCAACUCAAGAAGCUGAAAACUAUCUCUGAAUUCUUCCCCAAAUUGCCGCCUCCUAUCCCACCACCUCUAUCAGGAAGGAGCUAUGUCGACCAAAUUUCUCUGUUCCGGAGAGAAAGGAAAGCUGCAGGCUGUCCAUCGUAUUUGUGGUUUCUUGCCUCCAUCUCCGUUCAGAUUCCAUGUUUUCUCUUGGCAGUAACUAGUAUUAGGAGAAUGUCUCUUGAUCAUCACCCCGGAUUCGAAUGUGGUGGUGCUUUAUGGUUCCAGAACUUGACUGAAUUUCCUCACGGUCCUUUAGGCUCUAUAUUUCCAAUAUUGAUUUCGGGUCUGCACUUUCUAAAUGUUCAGCUGGCUUUUGAAAAUUCGUCAGUACGGAAAAUGAGUGGGCCAUUGGGAUUGCUAGCAAAGUAUUACAAGCACUACUUGGAUUUUCUUGUAUUGCCUUUGCUUUACAUUGGUUACUGUAUACCUCAGGGAAGCCUGGUCUACUGGGUCACUAACAGUUCACUGAGCGCUAUCCAGGUUGGUGAACUGGUGUUCCUAUCGGAUACUUGGAUGUUUAUUCGGUUGAACGUUUGUUGAAUUACGUAAUGGAAUGAUCACACUUAGUGCGGGAGGACUUUGCUCUUCGAUAAGCGGAAUAUGCAUAAUUGUGGGCAUGUCUUUGACACUUUAAGGUUCUCAAUCAGGACAAGAUAGCACAAAGAUUUUAACAUCACUAUGCGUUAGAAAAUUGCAAUAACUCUUUAUCUGACACUUAUAUUUGGUGUUUCCUUCUUGCAAUACUAUUCUCCUUGUGGUGCCAGGUUUUGACAAAUCUUUGAAAUUUUUUUGCUGCCACAUCUUGCUGGUGUCUUAGUGACUCACUUGUGCAGCUAUUUAUGUAUUUUAUUUCUACUAUUUGGGGUUGCUAUGUAUCUCGAUCUUGGUGUCCGAAAAAGAUGAGUUUAUAGGAGGAUUUGUUAGUCAGUAAGCUAAAGAAAUUCUGCAGCAUUUCAUUCUCAGGAGUCCCAAGGCUCGAGCACGAUUGGGUCUACCAGAGAAGGAGUCUCCAGCUGCUGCUGCAAAUGUCACAGGAGUGGCUGCAUCAGAAACCCCAUCUUUGGACCCACCAAAAUGGCAAAAAGUUGUUCCUGAAAAUUUAUCCCCUGUGGAACUCCUUGGAAUUUCUGUCAAACUCAUAUCUAGUGGGCACACCGAAAGAGCAAUUCCUUUGUUAAGAGAGGCACUUGUAAAGGAUCCUGACUACAUAAGAGCUUUGGCUGUUUUGGGGCAGACUCUUCUACAGAAAGGAGAGUAUGCAGAGGCUGCUCAAUAUUUAGAGCGUGUUAUCUCCAAGAUUCUUGCUAAUGGGGUUCCCACAGAAGGAGAAGAGCUUGAUAUCUUUAUUCUUACUUCUCAGUGGGCUGGAAUUUCCAAUAUAGAGCAGGGGAAGCAUGCAGAAGGACUAGUCCAGCUGGAAAGAGUUGCGAAAUUGAAAGAGCCGGCAGAACCAAAGAGCAAAGUCCAUUACUUUGAUGGCUUGAUCAUACUUGCCAGUGCAUUAUACGACCGAGGCAGCAAAGCUGAAGCCGUAGCUUAUGCUCGUUUAGCCGCGGCUUAUAAUCCUGCGAAAUACAACAAGUUCUUGGAGAUGUGUGAGAAUGGAGAAGACAGUUUCGUCGUCGACCUGGUCGGCAGCCGGAGGCGAGACUACUGAAAUUAGCAUAUAAACCGGAACCCUGUACAGUACAGGCAAUUGUUUGUGGUCAAAAUUCAAAUCAAGUACCAGUGUAGACAGAGCAAUUAGGUUUAGGUUGAAGAAAGUCUCGAUAGUUGCAAACAAAAAAAUUUGUAGCGGUAGGCAGGGAGGAAUAUAAAUUAUGAAUCGUGUGUGACCAAUUUUGCUUCUUGUGUGUAUGGAUGAGUUUGGUUGGAAAAGGGUGUUUCACAAGCUAAAUGUUUGGUAUGUUUGGACCAGAUUUGGACUCCUACAUGGCUAGCUAUAGCUAGGUUUUAGAGGA